CGCCCACCAACUGUCCCCAAAGCUUCGAAAACUCACGAAUUGAAGAAACACCACCGCGAUUCCGCUCACCUACGAAACUACAUACAAACUCGCAUGAUCGGAGCUACAAUCCACACAUCCUCGAACACCAACACACCCCAUCCCACCCCGCAGACCCCUCAUCCCAAUCCCCCCACAUAUCCCUCAAAAUGACGCCUCCAACCUCCGACCCUACAAACUUCACCUCCACGCCCCCCCUCCUCACGCCUCAAGACAGCUCCCAAAGCACACAAGCUGACCGCAACCCCGUCCCCCCAGCCUCACCGCACUCCGGCUCCCUCAGCCACCGCUCCAGCUUCGCCGACGGCAUGCGGCCUCACCCUCCGUCGCCGCGGAACCAGCGCCACCCCUCCCUCUCGCAAGCCGCCGUGCAAGAGCUCCUCAACAACCCGACGCCGCUGAAUAAGCCGGAUGCGAGGUUCACGGGGAGAGACUGGCGCUCGAUUGAGAUUGGGGAGUUGGUUACGGCGGAGGAUGUGAGGUUCGUGGAGACGAAUACUAGUGUGGAGGAGGCGACGAAUAUUUUGAUUACAUCCGGUUCGCCGCGUGUGGUGCUUAUCCGUGAGGAUGCGGAGUCUUCUACGGCUUGUGGGACUUUUGAUUAUGGCGACUUGAACGCUUAUUUGCUCGUUGUGCUUGGUCUCGGAAGCCCGGACCCGGAGAUGAUAGAAACAUAUACUGAAAUUGCGAGGAAGGGACGCGAGGGUGUGGAAAUCCCGCUUGGAGACGUGGUGUCCUUGGCGAAGAAGGCACCGCUCGUUACGCUUGAGGAAUCGGAGAGCUUGUCGGCGGCGCUGGAGUUCUUUGCGGGUGGUGUGCACCGGAUUAUUGUUGUAAAGGACGGCACACAGGAUGUUGUGGGCGUGCUGAGUCAGUUCAAGCUGUUGAACUUUUUGUGGGAGAAUGGCAAUUGCUUCCCUGUUAUUGAGAGGCUGUACCCGAAGAUCCUGAGGGAUUUGCAGAUCGGGACUCACCAGAUCAUUGCUAUCAACGGCGACAAACCCCUCACCGAAGCCCUCCUCCUCAUGAGCACCGAAGGCCUCUCCUCCCUCGCCGUCGUCGACAACGGCCUCAACGUCAUCGGCAACAUCUCCACAACCGAUGUCAAGCACCUCACCAAGACCAGCUCCCUCCCCCUCCUCAAAUCCUCCUGCACCCACUUCAUCUCCGUCAUCCUCAUGGAGCGCGGCACAGACAACGGCAAAGACUCCGUUCCGGUCUUCCACGUCCACCCUUCCUCAACCCUCGCUCACACCGUUGCUAAACUCGUAGCUACUACCUCUCAGCGCAUGUGGGUCACCGAGUCCCCUUCCCCGGCUCCAACCCCAACUCCACAAGCCGUACCAUCUGUCCUCGCAGCAGCCCAGCCGCAUGGGACGAACCCCUCCGCCUCACCGCCUCUGUCGCCCGCCUACCCAUCCAUCUCCGCUGCGUCAUACCCAGGCGUCCGCUCCGGCCGCCUCACGGGCGUCAUAUCACUCACUGAUGUUCUAAACCUCUUCGCCCGCCAAUCAGGACUGCAGACACAAGACCCCAAUGAGGAGCGCCAGCAUAGGAGGAGGAGCUCGAGUAUCUCAUCGAUGCCGAGACCGAGUAUGGAUUCCACGAGGGGAUCGAGCGUGGAUAUUCGCCGGUGAUGGACCUGGUGGUAGUCAUUGGUGAUUGAUAGUGGUUGGGGGGGUUUAGGGGGUGCAGAAAACAUGAAAUCUACGAAUUAUGGAGCUUUUGGCGCUGGGAGGUGUUUAAAUGGAGGGGAAUGAAUGCUUGGUUUAUCAUCUCAACUCUCGUGGCGUUUGGGGAUUAGAUUGACCAAUAUGUUUGGGCGAGGGCAAAGAGAAAUGGGCAUGGUUGAUAGUUAAAUGAAAU